UUAACAGUGGAAAUUAAGCAGAAGAUGAUGUAGCGGUAUAAGUAAGAGUGUGGAGAAGAGCAUGGUCAGCUGAAUGCAGUAGGGCUUCUGAUUUUAAUAAUUCGAAAAGAAGAUGAAGUAUCUCCUGUGCCUGUGUUUACUCCUUGAUGUUCUUUGUGCUGUAAUCCAUUGCCACCAUGGAGACAUUUGUCAUGAAGUCAAUAAUACAAAACUGCCAGAUGGAACAGAAAAUUUAUUAACGCAUAGCUGUGACAAGCAAGGCUCUAACUAUGCAGAUUUUGUAUUUAGAUUUUACAAGCAGGCUAUAUCAAAAGAAGCCGAUAAAAAUGUUUUCUUUUCUCCCAUGAGCAUCUCCACUGCUUUUGCCAUGCUGGCUGUUGGUGCUAAGACAACCACCCUGUCCCAGAUUGUUGAAGGACUGGGUUUUAACAGUCUCCCUGAGACUCGCGUGCAUGAUAUACAUGAAAGUUUUCAUAAAGUUUUAGCAGUACUGAACUGUACUGCUGUUAACAUCACAUUAAAUAUAGGGAAUGCCCUUUUUACAGGUACUGGGUAUGAACUACAGGAGACAUUUUUACAAAAUACCAAACAGUUUUAUGAUGCAGAAUUUAUGUCUAGCAAUUUCCAUAACCCAGAGGAAGCUAAGAAUCAAAUCAAUACAUACGUAGAGGAGAAAACCAAGGGGAAAAUUCCUGAAUUAAUUGCUCAUCUUGAUCCAAGUACUGUAUUGGUUCUUGUUAACUACAUUUAUUUCAAAGCUGCCUGGCAAAAAUCUUUUGAUCCCUUGCGUACAUAUGAGGAUGAUUUUUUUGUGAACAAAUAUGCACCUGUUAGAGUCAACAUGAUGCAGUGUGACAGUAGCUAUUAUAGUUACUAUGACGAGGAUCUCUCUUGCGAGGUGGUUGAGGUCCCUUACCAAGGCACUGCACGAGCAUUGUUCAUUCUGCCUGAUGAUGGAAAGAUGAAGCAAGUGGAAGAUGCUCUCUCCAAGGAAACUAUUUGUAAAUGGGAUAACAGACUUGAUACGAGGAGAUUAAAUCUACGGUUACCAAAGAUUUCUAUCAGUGGGUCUUACAACGUUAAAAACCUGUUACAGGAAAUGGGCAUUACUGAAGUAUUCUCUAGUAAUGCUGAUCUGUCUGGAGUUACUAGCAGCGGUAAUCUUCAGGUUUCACAAGCAAUUCACAAGGCCCUGCUGGAAGUUGAUGAGGCUGGAACUGAAGCUGCAGGAGCCACAGCCUUAAUCCUCACCAGAGUUCUCCAUCCUUCUGUUACCAUCAAAUUCAAUAGACCUUUCAUUAUCCUGAUUUCUGACAAAGCAACGGGCACCAUACUUUUCAUGGGGAAAAUUGUUGAUCCUACUAAGAAGUAGUUGCUGAGUUAUUGGGCAUGUCAGUUUUCAGCAUGAGUUAUUAAUGUUUGUUCAUAUGGGUUAGCUAGUGCUGCUAACUACUCUGAUUGAAGGAUAUUCAGAAGUGAAUGACAAAUUUCCUUACCAAACAAACAAGAAAAAAAAAAGAAAAAACCCGUAAAAAAAUCCCCAAGCAACCAACAGUUUUAAAAUGUAACUUUUCUGAAGUUAAGUAAUUCAAAUUAAUAACACAUUUUCUAAUUUUUCUUUGGAAGCCUGCUGUUAGUUUUACAAGUGUAUUCUCUCUGGUUAGCGUUUUUGUCCAAAGUGCUUUCAGUUCUGGGUUUCUCAUCAGAAGCUUUAUCCCUACAGGUGACAAGCACUCUGCAAUUCUAUUAUGUCUUUUCUGGAACUUGCUGAUGGCCAAUGUUCGCCUGAACCAGUCCCUACAGAAUUGUUCGUUCUUUAAAUAGCUCUUUGCUGCCUAGGUCACUGUUGUUUACCCUCAACUCACCUGUUCUUUCUCACAUGUUCCAACUCUUUCUUAGAUGUCUUAAAAAAACAUUGACAAAAAAGAGAAAAACCUUGAGAAGAUAGGGUUAUGCUAUAGCACUCACUUUAAGUGUCUUUUUGCAGUCCACAGAGUCAGCAAAAAACUUGGAAAGACAAUGACACUAGGCACAAACUGUCAAAGAACUGUCCUGCUACAAUAUCAACCAUAAAUUAUUGCUAUGUGUGAUGAAUAAAAUCUGCACUGUCAUUUAAAUCCA